AUGGAUACAGAUGCAGCUGAACUCAUGGUUGAGCAAAUUCUGAAGAUACGGCAUAUUUCAAUCUUGGCAGUCACUUCGUUGCUGAUAGUUUCAAUAGAGGCUCGAGGGAAUUCCUAUCGCAGCGGAUGGCGAUCUCUUUAUCAACCUCUAUACCACGCGAUACGUCGGCAACAGCACCUUCCCCUCAGCCUUGAACAACAAGCCUAUAGAGGGAAAGAUUCUUUCAACAGUGAAAGUUCGACGUCAAGUCUUAGCUGAGAACUUUGAUUUCUUUAAGAGCAUGCUCAGUAGAAACCAGUUCGGCGAACGUUCACAAGGAACUAUUGACAUUCACUGCGACUACCCUCUAGCGGCUCAACUGUGGUUCCGUCUCUAUCAUGAUGGUCCACUUCCCGAAGUAUUUUCUGAAACCCCUGUCGAAGAGGUAUGGAAUGUGAUUCGUAAGUACCGACCUUGCUCUACUUGAUGGCAAGCUGUAGCUGACCUUGAGUUGAUAGACUGGGGAGGAUAUCUUCAAGCUCAGCACAACUCGGAUCAAAUCGACUUGAGCAAAUUGUGGCCUUGGUUUGAUAAAGUGCUCGAAAGAUACGACCCCGAGAAGAUGGAUAUUGAUACCACGAGAAUGUUUCUAUUUCCUUGCUACGCAUUUGAUCACGCUGAGGGCUUUGCCGAAAUUACAAAAAGACUGGCAUACGAAAUGGCCUCGCACAUUCAAGAGAAGAACCCUUCAAGCUAUUUCCACGGUCAUCUGGAUCAUCAUAUCAUUGGUAAGCCCCAAUACUCGCUUCCUCCUGCAUCUAUUAACACAAAAAGGUGCACUAAAUGCGGCUCGCGGCAGCUUGAGAGGAAACCUCAUCCGCGGACUUUUCGAUCCUGUCAGCUCCUUCCUGAAUGCAAACUGUGAAUGCAAGGAGAAGUCUCUCUUUUCAUACUGUGAAGCACUCAGAGGCACCGAAAUCUGA